AUGCCACGCCCUGUGGCAAGCGAGAAGACGGAAUGGUCUGAUGAGCAGCAGUGGUUUCUGACUGCGCUAGACAUCAAGUUUCGACAGCAAGAGGCAAUUAUCCGCGCAUUGUUGGAGAGCCAUCAGCAUUUUCCAGCCAAGCCCUUCUACGAUGCGCUUACAGCUGGAGAUGCAGGUGGUGCGUUGAAUGGUAGUCCUCCAGCGGCUGCCAGCGAAGCACCACCUAGCCCCCAAAGUGACGGCUUUGUGAGCGUCAACCACACACAGGACUCCACCGAGUCACAAGACUUGCAGCCCACCGAGUCUCAAGAACUACAGCGACGAGCGACGAAGAAGACCAAGAGCCUGGGCAAGGCUACGAUGCGCGAAAUGCAAGCAGAAGAGGUGUCAGCCUUGAAGAAAUUUGUGAAGGGCCCCUUGGAUGGGUACCUUGGCAUCGUCGUGCUAGUGAACCUGGGCAUGAUGGCUGCCGUGGCGCAAAUCACAGGUCAUGAAGCAGAUGUGAGCCUCGGCUUGGCUCCACCUGAAAUCGUCACCGUGGCACCCGCAUUUGACAUCAUUGAGGGUAUCUUCUUCGCCGUGUACCUGAUCGACGUACUUGUUCGCAUGCUCGUGUUGCGCAAAGAGUGGUAUUUCGACGAGGUCGAGGGUAUCAUGUACAUGAACAUGUUUGAUGCGAUCCUGGUCUUGGUGCACGGCUUCGAGCUCCUGCUCCUCCCUGUGCUUUUCUCCGGAGACUCAGAUCAGCGCGCAAGCACCGUCCGGGCCAUUAAAUUGCUACGAAUUGUGCGGACGCUCCGCAUCGUGAAGACGGUUGCACUGUUUCGGCAGCUUCGCCUAUUGGUGACGACAUGCGUGGCCAGCAUCGGAGCCCUUUUCUGGUCCAUGGUCAUGCUCUUCCUCAUCAAGCUCGGAUUUUCACUCAUUAUCUGCCAGGCACUCCAAAGCUACAUUCUAGAUGAAAGCAAUGAUAUGGACACCCGCCUGGAGAUGAAUUGGUUGUACGGCAGUUUCCUGAAGGCUCUCUACACCAUGUUCGAGGUGACACAUGCCGGAAGCUGGCCUACGAGAGUGCGGCCGGUCGUUGACAAAGUCAGCCCUUGGUAUUGCAUCCCAUUCUUGGGAUACAUUACUCUGGUGGUUUUUGCUGUGAUACGAGUAGUGACGGCCCUCUUUCUCAAGGAGACGCUGGCAAGUGCUGCCAACGACGCUGACAUGCAGAUAGAAGAAAAUCGGCGCGCUGCCAAGAAUUACCAGGAAAAGUUGGAAGACCUUUUUCGCGCCGUUGACGACGAUGGUAACGAUUGGCUCUCUGCAGAAGAGUUCAUCCGGGCACUGAGCCUCCCAAGUGUUCAGCGAUACCUGGCCAUCCUGGAUCUAAAAGUGUCGGAUUGUCGCCCUUUGUUCGAGAUCCUGGAUGAUGGCGACGGGAAAAUCACCAUCGCGGAGUUUUGCCAGGGCUUGAACCAAAUCAAGGGGCAUGCUCGUGCUCUUGACAUGGUUGUCCUACAGCGCGAGAGCGCCAAGGUGCUAAAAGAGUGCCAGGACAUUCGCAUAGAGCUGAAAGCACUGCUACCGACCCUAGUAGGCCUGACCAGAAAGAGUGGCAGCAAGACCGACGGCGGCCGCUGA